AUGAAAAAUUCAGGGGUCUUCAUUUUUACCCCCUUUUCGUUUUCACGCGUACUAGGGUUUCUCCGGUUCAAAAUUUGGGCUCCUCUUGGGUUCCCCAAAUUUAAUCAGGCUGUGGAGGGGAGGAAGUUGGACGAAAUCACCCAUGGUUAUCCCCUUUUCCCAACCCCAGGUCUCGAUUUGUGGCUUCAUUUCUGUUGCCGACUCAUUUGUUCUCUGCGGAGGAGAAGAAAUAGGGUUUUGGGUGGCGAUUUGCAGUGCAGUCGAACCAGCUUCCUCAACUCAGAUUAUUCAAUGACAGGUGAAGAAAAAGACUAUUAUUGGGUGGUUUUCGUUGGGCGUAAGCCGGGCAUCUAUACAACUUGGGGAGAAGCUCAACUCCAAGUUAAUGGAUACUCAGGAAGCAUGGCGAAAAGAUACAAGACAUUCGAUGGAGCCGAAGAAGCAUUGCUCAAGUUUCACGAGAAGAGAUACGAGCUCACAAAGUUGGAAGCCAAAAGUUCCACAUCUGCAAGUGCGGUGGGACUUCAACAUGAAAUCAAUGGAUGCUGGUCGUUUGUUCUAUGUUUUUUUUUAGGUUUCGUAGGUUGUAUUUUGUUGGCACUUGUUCUCCAUUAUUAUGUAAAAUUCACAUGUUAUGAACGGAGACAAGUUGUAAUUUAUUUUAAAUGA